AUGCGCAUGCUCUUCCUCGUGCUCGCCGCGCGCUCGGGAGCCGGAGUGGCGGGGUCGGAGCUGCUGCAGCGGCGCGAGUGGCCGCGAGGGGUCGCGCUGGGGCUCUCCAGAGGGCGAGGCCACUACGCGGUGCUCGCGGCGGCGCACGGGGAAGCUUUGAGCAGUGCAGCGCCUCAGCAGCGCCUUCAAGCAGUGCAGCACAACGCCAGUGGCCUCUCUGGAGCUAUGCGGCGGCUGGCGGGCCUGUGCGAUGGCGCCGAUCCGUGGGCUCGGGACGCGCAGUCGGCUCGCGGGCCGGUUGCCGAGUCAGCCUGGCUGGCGAGAAGCGCCAAGGCCUUCCCUGCAUUCUGGGCGCUGCCCAGAAGAAUCGGGGGCUCACUUCUUUCUUGCUUUGUGCAGGACGCAGGUCCUACCUUUGGGGACACGUAA